ACCCCUCUCCCAUCCCACCACGCGCCGCGCCGCGCCGCCGCACUGGCGUCGCCUGUUCCGUCGCCCGCGCCGGAUCUGCUCUCUGCGCUUUGCCAGUCCGCAUCGGCUCUCACGUGGUGUGGGCGGAAGACUACCGCACGUGUCCAGCGGGCAGCGGGCAGCGGGGCAGCCCACCUCACUUUCUCCGUACCGGGCCGCCCCCUGACGCCGGGCCCCGGCGAGCCUCACGCCCGCAAGUCAGUGGCACGCCGACCGCGCGGCAUCGGUACGGAGGAGCCGCGUGUCGCUGGCCCCUGUCUGCGGUGAAAACCCGGGGGGGGGGGGGGGGCAUGUUACCGCGGUUGGGUGGAGGAAAAUCGCCGAUCCGGGUCCAAAUCCAGGCGACGGCCGUUGACUACGACUGGGAGGGAGUGGCCGGGAGCCAGCGAGAGGAGUGACCCGGAAGCAAGCGGAGGCGGCUAGAGACGAGGACAGGGACGGCAGCGGAUGGGGGCGGGAUCGGUAGCCAUCUCUCGCACUCCUUUCCUUCCGCGCGCUGCUCCUCGCUUUCCUUAUCUCUCCUGAGCACCGCACCGCACCGCACCCUUCUCGGCAUCCGAGGGGUCUCCGCGGCAGCAUGAAGAGGCAGAGGUCGUACGGCGACGGCCUCGACGACGACCGGCGGAGGUUCUACGACCGCGGGCCCCCGCCGCGGCGGGGGCCGCCGAGGGUGUAUGAGGGCGACAGGCUGGACCGCCGGAAGGGGUUUGGCGGCGGGUCCUACGACAACAGGUACCGGGAGUACCCCUCGCCGCGGGAGUACGGAGGGGACCGGUCGAUGCAGCGAUCUGAGAGCUUUUCCGGGUUCCGCCGGGAGUUCCCCAAGGGGUUCCGGUCGGAGCGCGACCGGUCUCGGCGGGAUGGGGACGGCAGCUCGUCGUGGCGGCGCCCAGGUGGCGGAUGGAGGGACGCAGAGGGUUUACACGGGUACAGGGCACCAGACAGGCUGUCAGCGGCUUCGCUGCCUGCGCCGCCGCCGCCUUCACGGUCGCGAUCGCCCAGUGAGCCGAGGAGGAGGUUACAGGUUGCGAAGGUAGAGAAAUUGAGGAAAAGCUCCGGCAUCAGUGAGAUGGAGGAAGGGGAGGUCGCACAAGAUACCGAGCCCAAGGCCUGGUCUGCUGCCGUGGAGCAUCGGAAGCAGGUUGGGCCAAGCCGUGCAAAGGAGAAGGGACCGGAGCGAGGCAAGUUGAAGAAAGUGGAUCCUGAAGUCCCAGCGGAUUUUGGAACUCACUGUAAGGGAGCGACUGGUGCAUCUGACCCUGAUAAUGCAGGGAAGGAGGAAGGCAAGCGAAGGGAUGGUAUAUUGGCAAAAGCAGGGAAAGCAAUGGAUAAAGGGCGUGAGGAGUCUGCCUUGAAGGUUGCUGAGGAAGUCGGGGGAGGACAUGAGGUGCAAGCACAAGAUGCAGCUGCCAGUGAUGCUAGUAAGUUUGGGCUAAGCACUUCAUCCAUGCAACAGGUAGCACUGCAGGAGGACGUGAAGCCACAAGAAGAGGCUAACAACUCUGUUGGUGUGGUUGGGCAGAACACCACCUCUAGUAUCCUGAAGGAGGCUGAUCAGGAAGAAGCGACAACACGAGAUGAAACUAUCAAUGAUAUUGAUGAAGUUGGAAAGGGUGCUUCAUCCAGUUUAAGACAAAGGGCGCUGCAGGAGGAAGUGACGGUAUUACACAAGACUUGCAGUGCUGCUGAUGAGAUUGGGGAGAGCACUUCACCCAUUAUGCAGCAAGAAGUGCUGCAGGAGGAAGCAUUGGUGUUUGACGGAACUGCAUGUGCUGUUAAUGAGGUUGUGCAGAGCUGUCCGUCUGGUAUGCUGCAGGAAAUUCUUCAGGAAGAAGUGAUGCAGCACGUUGGAACUGAUAAUGCUGUUGAUAGGGUUGAAAUUGGCACUACUUCUGGUCUGCUACCGGGGGCAUUGCAGGAAAAAAUGACAAUACUAGAUGAAACUGCCGAUACUGUUGAUGCCCCUGAACCGGUCGGUUAUUCUGGUAUGCUGAAGGAAGCGAUGCAUGAAGGAGAGCUGACACUAGAUGGAACUGCCAAUACCACAGGUGUGGCGGGACAAAGUAAUUCAUCCGAUGGGGCAGAGGAAUUUGAAAAUUUAACUGUGAUUAAAGAGAAGAUGGAUGAACCAACUGAAUAUGUUGCAUCUCAGCCUGUAGAAGAGGGACUCGAGAUGGAUCAUUGUGAAAAAAGAGGUGCAUUAGAGGAAACCACAUUUGCAAAAGAAGAGGCAGCUAUGCAUGAAAAUCAAGUAAAAAGAUUUUAUAUGGAGGCCAAAGCAGAAGGUGCCAAUGUGUUCCUUCAACCAACCAAAGAGCAUGCUGGGGGUAUUAAGGAAGAGGUUGCCAAUGCAAAUCUGGUGACAAGGGAGCCAAGGGCAGAAGAUAAAGGAAAUGGCAUAGCAUUUGAUGUCCUUAGUAAGAAAGAUAAAGUUGACCGUGCAAAUUCAGUUGUAAGAGGUCUUGACUCAACGUUGCAGCUUGGCAUAGAACCAACAGAAACAUCAAAAUCUGCUUCAACUACUUCUGUAAAGCAGGAAAAUGACGCAGUCAAGAUUGGGAAACUUGAUCUUUCGCUGAGCUUAUCAGGUUGUUUACAGAAUUCUGAAUUUAAGUGUUCAAUUCCCAAAAGUGAUUCUCUAGUCCAUUCAACAUGCUCUCAGCCGUUACCAUCGUCAUCUUUCCGCACAAAUUCAGAUGGGUUCACAGCUUCCAUAUCAUUGACUAAUUCUCAAACACUUGGUCACAAUCCUAGUUGCUCAUUCACCCAACAUUCAAUUGACAAUUAUGAGCAUUCAGUAGGCAGCAAACCUUUGUUUAUGGGAGUUGAUCAGAUGAGCAAUGGUGCAGGAUGGCAACCUCAGUUGUCUAAUGAAUCUACACAGAAAGGGAGAGUACUCCAAAACGGCCAUAUGCCAGAUAAUACUUUGGUUGGUAUAAAUUGGCGUAACAAUGGGAUGCCCAAUGACCUACAAAGACAUGCAAGGAUCCCAGGAGUUUUGUCGCAAAGGCAUAGUCGUGGUUCUCACGAUUCUGGAUUGGAACAUAGUAGAAGGCAGCUUACAAGAGAAAAAAGUAGCAGCAGUCUUACAAGCGGUGAACGGCAGGAGGGGGAACAGCUUGUUAUUAACGGUGCUGGUGUCAUUGAGAGGGUUAUUUCCAAGGUUGUUUCAGAACCUUUGCAUCACACAGGAAGGAUGCUUCAAGAGAUGACAGACAAUUCUAUAACAUAUUUGAGGGAGGCCAUUUCUGAGAUCAUAGUCGAUCCAGAUAAAAGAGGACAAAUAAUUGCAUUGCAGGAGGCACUUAAAAAAAGAUCUGACUUGAAUAGUGAUAUUUUACGAACAUCUCCGAGGGUUUUGAUGGAGAUACUUGUUGCUUUGAAGACUGGUCUUCCAUAUUUUAUACAGAAAAGUAGUAGUGUUGCUACCUCUGAUUUAGUUGACAUUUUUCUCAACUUGAAAUGUCCUAAUUUCUCAUGCCAAAGCGUUCUGCCAGUGGAUGAUUGUGAUUGUAAAAUUUGUCAAAGGAAGACUGGUUUCUGUAGUUCUUGCAUGUGCAUUGUCUGCUCGAAGUUUGAUUCAGCAUCUAAUACUUGUAGUUGGGUUGGUUGUGAUGUAUGUCUUCAUUGGUGCCAUACAGAUUGUGGCAUACAUCACUCUCUGAUUCGAAAGGGGCAAAGUGCUUCAGGGGCAUACAACACUACGGAGAUGCAAUUUCAUUGUACUGCAUGUGGACAUCCAUCAGAGAUGUUUGGUUUUGUGAAGGAAGUUUUUCAAACAUGUGCAAGGCAAUGGAGGAUGGAGGCGCUGAUUAGGGAGCUACAGUAUGUGGAAAGAGUAUUUUCUGCUAGUGAUGAUGCAAGGGGUAAGAGGGUCAAGGACUUUGUAAAGCAGAUGCUAAUUAUGUUGGAACACAAGACGUAUUUUCCCGAAGUUGUGAAAUGCGUUGUUGCAUUCUUUUCUGAUGAUUAUGCUAACAUGGGCACUGGUCCAUCAGUACCACUGAAAGGCAUCCCAUGCAGCAUUGCUCAAGGAAUAGAUGGGAUUCCUAGUUCAAGUCGGAAAGCAGCAUGGGUACCAUUUACCUUAGAGGGACUUCCAGUUUUAGAAAAAACAACUACACUUUCUGCCACAGGGAGCCCAUCUGUGCAUAGAAAAUCUGGUGAACCUGAAUUUCAGGCAAUCAAUAAUAAGCCUGUAAUUGAUGAACUGGAUAGCCUGGUCAGGUUAAAGCAAGCUGAAGCAAAUAUGUACCAGGACCGUGCCAAUGAUGCACGUAACGAAGCUGACAAUCUGGAACGCAUUGUCAUGGUAAAAAGUGCACGAAUUGAGGAAGAUUAUGCUGCUCAAAUUGAUAAACUCAACAUUAAUGAGUUACAAGGGCGGCGCAAGCAAAAGAUUGAAGAACUCCAAGUCAUUGAAAGGACACACCAUCAGUUUCUCAGCAUGAAAACAAGGAUGAAAGCUGGCAUUAGGGAAUUGUUGUUGAAAAUGGAGGCGUUGAAACAAAAUUGAAGCACAUGAACUGUGGUUACGACUUGUAGUUAGUUGUAGGAUUCGUAAUUUGCUGUCAACUUAUUGAAGGAAGCCUGCACAUAUUGUUGUAAGUCAGUAAGUGUUACUCUCGUUCUGUUUUUAUUCCCUCUUCUUCUAGGACUUGCAUACUGUAAGAUUUUUCUCUACUAUUGUGAUAUAGAGUCCUUUUCUCUUA